CAAAUUAUUAAAUAUUUCCUUAAAAAUGUUAACCAUUUAUUUCUUGAGACGAUCACUAUUAUCAAUAUCUCAUUUCGUACAAAAAAGAUCUCUUAGAUCCAUUACCAAAAUGACUGUAAGAGACGCAUUGAAUUUGGCUCUUGACGAAGAAUUAGAACGAGAUGAAAAAGUAUUUAUUAUGGGAGAAGAAGUUGCAGAAUUUGAUGGAGCAUAUAAAAUAACACGAGGACUUUGGAAAAAGUAUGGAGAUAAAAGAUUAAUUGAUACACCAAUAACCGAGGCAGGUUUCUGUGGUAUAACCAUUGGAGCUGCAUUAGCUGGAUUAAAACCAAUUUGUGAAUUUAUGACAUUUAAUUUUUCUAUGCAAGCCAUGGAUCGAAUAAUAAAUGCAGCUGCUAAAAGUUGUUAUAUGAGUGCAGGAAGAUAUCCUGUAUCUAUAGUAUUUCGUGGUCCAAAUGGUAAUGCUAAAGGAUUAGCGGCUCAGCAUUCACAAUGUUUUGGAGCUUGGUAUAUGAGUGUUCCUGGCUUAAAAGUUAUGUCUCCUACAAGUUGCGAAGAUUAUAGAGGUAGUUUGAAAGCUGCUGUAAGGGAUCCAGAUCCUGUCUUAAUUUUGGAAAGUGAAAUUCUUUAUAAUUUUGAAUUUCCUCUAUCGGAUCAAGCUAUGGACAAAGAUUUUGUUAUACCAAUAGGUAAAGCAAAAAUAGAAAAAUCUGGAAAGCAUAUUACGUUAAUUACUCAUGGUCAAGCGACAGUAUAUACUAUGCAAGCAGCCGAUAUUUUAGCAGGACAGGGAAUUGAGGCUGAAGUUAUUAAUCUACGCUCUCUUAGACCUCUUGAUUGGGAAAUGAUUUUUAAAUCUAUCAGUAAAACACAUAGAGUAAUGACAGUCGAAUUAGGUUGGCCUAGGUGCGGAGUAGGUUCUGAAAUAGUUGCGACUAUUAUGGAAAAUCCUAUUUUCUUUGAACUGGAUGCACCAGCAAUUCGUUGUACUGGAAUAGACGUUCCGAUGCCUUAUUCAGAACCAAUUGAAUACGAAUGUACCCCAAAAGAUCAUCAUAUUGCUAAAUUUGCUAAGAAAGUUUGUGGAUUAAAAAUUUGAAUAUUUUCAUCAUCGUGCAAGUAAAAUUAUACUUACUG